CAAUAGUCAGCUGCAGAAUCCAACUCAAACAGAAGAAACAAACAACUGUACUUCCUUCCGCCAUUACAUUAACAAAACAACCAUUUCUAGAGAGAGAGAGAGAGAGAGAGAGAGAGAGAGUAUAUCGGAGCGGUUAUAUAACCGUCAACGUUCAUCUCAGAGUCACCGAUAACAAAAUAUAAUCUGUAUAUAUCACGUUUUAUAUCUCUCUCUCCCUGCAGGCAGAUCUCAUCCCCGCCAUGGACGGAGGCGGCGAAGCUCAAGUCAACGCCGGCGGCGGCGGCGGCGGCGUUCAGAUCCACCAGAGUCGGAGGCUCCCCGACUUCCUUCAGAGCGUGAACCUCAAGUACGUCAAACUGGGUUACCAUUACUUGAUCUCUAAUUUAUUGACUCUAUGCCUUAUCCCCAUCAUGGCCGUCACGUUAAUCGAGGCCUCACAAACGAACCCUAACGACAUCCACCACUUAUGGCUUCACCUAAAAUACAAUCUCGUUAGUGUCAUAGUUUGUUCGGCUUUCCUCGUGUUUGGAUCGACCGUUUACAUCAUGACCCGGCCUAGACCUGUUUAUUUGAUCGAUUACUCGUGUUAUCGUGCCCCUGAUAAGCUUAAGGCCCCGUACAAACGGUUCAUGGAACAUUCGAGGUUAACGGGGGAUUUCGACGAGUCUUCUUUAGAGUUCCAACGUAAGAUCUUGGAGCGAUCGGGGCUCGGGGAAGAGACUUAUGUCCCCGAGGCCAUGCAUUCUGUUCCGCCUCAACCGUCUAUGGCGGCUGCCAGAGAUGAGGCAGAACAGGUCAUGUUUGGCGCUUUGGAUAAUCUUUUCGCGAAUACCGAAAUAAAGCCGAAGAAAAUUGGUAUUCUUGUUGUGAAUUGUAGUUUGUUUAAUCCAACGCCUUCUUUGUCUGCUAUGAUUGUGAAUAAGUAUAAGUUGAGGGGGAAUAUUAGGAGCUUCAAUUUGGGGGGUAUGGGUUGUAGUGCAGGGGUGAUUGCGGUUGACCUGGCGAAAGACUUGUUGCAAGUUCAUCGGAAUACAUAUGCUGUUGUUGUUAGUACGGAGAAUAUAACUCAGAACUGGUAUUUUGGGAAUAAGAAGGCUAUGUUGAUACCCAACUGUUUGUUUAGGGUUGGGGGUAGUGCGGUUUUGUUGUCGAAUAAGUCUGGUGAUAGGAGGCGGGCUAAGUAUAAGCUUGUUCAUGUCGUGAGGACCCAUAAGGGGGCGGAUGAAAAGGCUUUCCGGUGUGUUUAUCAAGAGCAAGAUGAUGCAGGGAAGACUGGGGUCUCGUUAUCGAAGGACCUCAUGGCAAUUGCUGGUGGGGCUCUCAAAACCAACAUCACUACUUUGGGUCCUCUUGUUCUCCCAAUUAGCGAGCAACUUCUGUUCUUUGCUACGCUUGUGGUGAAGAAAUUAUUCGAUAAAAAUGUGAAGCCUUAUAUCCCAGAUUUUAAGCUGGCGUUUGAUCAUUUUUGCAUACAUGCUGGGGGAAGGGCUGUGAUAGAUGAGCUAGAGAAGAAUUUGCAGUUGUUGCCUAUACAUGUGGAAGCUUCUCGGAUGACUCUGCACCGGUUUGGGAACACUUCAUCCAGCUCCAUUUGGUAUGAACUGGCUUAUAUUGAGGCCAAGGGGAGAAUUCGGAAAGGGCACCGGGUUUGGCAGAUUGCUUUUGGGAGUGGUUUCAAGUGUAAUAGUGCAGUGUGGCAAGCACUUCGAAAUGUGAAGCCGUCUCAUAACAGUCCAUGGGAGGAAUGCAUUGAUAAGUAUCCUGUCAAACUUGUCUUGUAGCUUAAUAAGAAGUGGGCCAGGCUGAUCAUUCAGAUCAUCACAUCAGAAGCCCAGUAGUUUCAUCUCAAGAUCUUGCUAUUCGUCUUGUUAGGUCUCUUCAUUUGGUCAUUGAAAUGUAUGUUGUCCAUUUUUAGAGUACUAUCGACUUUUUUAUUUGCUGAUCUUGUCCUGUACCAUCUGUGAAAUUUUGAUGCUGCAUAAAAUACUGGUUAUGAAUCUUAUGAUAAGCUGAGGUUGCAUUUAC